AUGUUGAAACUAGGCCGUAAAAAGCUUCCAAAUCCAAUAGACUACCCCGACCCAAAUACCAAAAAGCCUAGAACUACUACUGCCCCAAUACCCAAAGACUAUUAUAUUUAUCAAGAUCACUAUGAGUCUGGAAGCGUGGAGACCACUACUGAACCAUUCUGGAAAGACUAUUAUUUUGACCCGGGUUACGAUUAUAUUACUGAUGAGUUUCAAAAAGACAACACAGUUUUCGAUGGAUAUGUUGAGACCAUUAAAUUUAUCUAUGACAUUUCAUCUUUUAUUGCUUUUUUCGUUAAUAUCUUUCAUUUGAUAGUUUUGACUCGCAAAGAACUAAGGACCCAAUUAGUUUACAUCAUUAUGAUUGGAAUUAGUCUAUGUGAUAUAUUUCAAUCAUUAGGAAAUGUUACUCAAGUUGUAAUGAUGUGGAAUAUAAUCUAUAAAAUAGAAGGAUGCUGGGGUGGUGUGAUCUGCGAGUACGAUUCUAAGACACCUCCUUACGUUCCAUAUCGAAUGGUUGCAGUGGAAAAAUGGGAGAGGAAAUAUCUAGCAAUUGAUGGCUUUAUGGCAAUGUUUAUCAGCUGUACCUAUUUUUUCAUGGCUAUUAUAUUAUUGGGAGCAGUUAGUAAAGCAAAGGAAAGGAGGAAGAAGUUGAGAAGUGAUGCGUCAUCUAACACAUUCUGGCUGGUUCUAGUAAUGACUAUCAGUGUGUUCCUCUCGGAAAUCACUUACGGAGCUUAUUAUGUUACUGACUAUUUAUAUGUACAAUAUUAUAAAGAACAACAAGUUUAUCAAGAACUCGAUGCAUUCUCGUACACCCUUCUCAUUGCCAAUUCGGUUACCCAUUGCUUGAUAUGUUUCCUAAUGUCAUCACAGUAUAGAAGUGUGGCAAAACGCCUGGUGCGGAGAAAAAGAAAACGAAUAAAUGAAGGCCUGGUUUUUGUUGUGAGUCUCAAUGCUCUUCACGAGCAGAAAGAUGAGCAAUUGAGAUAUAUUGCGGAGUUCUACCCUGAAUAUCUGCCCAGUUUUCAACAGUUACCACAAUUCGAUUUGUAUUUUAAAAACAAUACAUAUGUGUUUAUUGCUGCAAUUAUAUUUAUGUUUUUAUCCGUUGCUUGCUCUAUGCUAGCUCUCUUUAUUUUGGACAUUUUCCGACUAAUGCGUGCACUGAAACUGCAAAUAUCUGCUGGAACAUUCAAAAAGCAAGAAGAUGCGAUAAGAAGUUUACUUGUACAAAUCGCAACUACUAUUCUUUGCGUAUCUCCAAUAUCUCUAAUGGUGGUCUCUAUCGUUUUGGAACUUCGAUAUGCACAAUUUGUUGGUUCGAUUUGUGCAGUACUGUUCACUGCACAUUCAUCAAUCAAUAUUAUCUCACUUUUUAUAUUUUUCCCUCCAUUCAGGGAGCAUGCUUCAAAAAAGAUGACAUUUUUGCGAAAGCAAAGAAUAACAACUGAUGUGAGAGUUUCACCAGCUAUUUCUUGA